UACAGAUGUGACGGAAUAUGUCGGAAUUUCAGAAACAGAACCGAAAGAAAAGCACAAGAGAAAAGAAAAUGGACAAAGAGACUCAGAAACUGAUUUUAUCUGCGUUGCGUUUUGCGUGAUUUGCGUUUAUUUCCUCUACCCCCGCUCGGGCUGUAAACGGGGAAUAAUGGAAAGCGAACAAAGUCCGAGACCGGAGCAGUCGUCUAAACCGAGUCAUGAGCCCAUCCGUUUCGGUAUAGACCGAAUCCUUGGUUCCUCUGACCGACAGCAUGGCUCUGAAAGCAGCACGGACAACCUAACCGGGACCACCACUACAUUUACUGCCCUCGUCGCCCCACUCUCUGCUUUUCCUGGCUCUUUGGAGGACCCAAGCGAGUUCGUGGCGAACAGAACUCUGGGACACCGCGGGGUUAUCCGGGUCCCGGCGCACAGACCGCUUGGAGCCGCCAUAGCGCCGCCUGUGGUGAGCGCAGCUCCAAGUUUCGGGCCACUUUGCUUCCCCUGGGUGGAUAAUCACCGCAGAUUCACCAAAGACAGACUGCCAGCUCUACUGGCGCUGCCCAUAACUCGACGCAUUGGUCACCCGUACCAGAACCGCACACCGCCUAAGCGGAAAAAGCCGCGCACGUCGUUUUCCCGCGUGCAGAUCUGUGAGCUCGAGAAGCGCUUUCACCGGCAGAAGUACUUGGCCAGUGCUGAGCGCGCGGCUCUCGCCAAGACUCUUAAAAUGACCGACGCUCAGGUCAAAACCUGGUUCCAGAACCGAAGAACCAAAUGGAGGCGACAGACAGCUGAGGAGAGAGAGGCCGAGCGCCAGCAGGCUAAUCGAAUGCUACUGCAGCUGCAGGCUGAUGCCCUCCAGAAGUCCAUCAGUGAGUCAGUGCCAGUAGAUCCUCUGUGUGUGCACAACUCUUCACUGUAUGCCCUGCAGAACCUGCAGCCAUGGGCUCAAGAUAAAGCAGGCAAAAUGGCCACCACUACUUCUCUGGCCUAAAUUAAUACUUAUUUUCACGAGGAGAGACCCAUGAGGAGUAACUGCCAUUGUGCAACAACUAAACAACAGAGAAUAUGUUAUAUAAAAAAUAGGAUUGGCUUUAUGAUCUUGGUGUUAUGUUGGGUUGAUGACAUUGAAAUGAACUAAUUUGAAGAACAGCACAUAUAAGCAAAGCACUAGUUUUUUGAAGGACAUCAACAUUUAACCACACCUGCACCCUAGGAGAAAAGUGUGAUUGAUCAAUAUCAUGCCAAAUAUACAAAUUUCCUAGUGCCAGUGCUUUAUAUUAAAUGUUUAGGCUUAAUCACAGUGUUUAAGUUUAUGCUGAAAUGUGCAAUGUGAAAGGAGGUUAAUUUGUCUGUAUCCUCUAAAAUAAUCAGCAAAAAGUCAAUUAACAACUUACACUGCAGUGGGAUUUGUGAGUGUUAAAUAAUUCAAUCAAGGUUUACAAUUAUAAGAAAUAUUUACUUCUUUUAUAACAUUUUCUUUCCUUGGUGGACAGUAAGUAAAAUUUGUAGCUGCGAAUUUUAACACAAUUUAAAAGAAAUAAAAUGUAAUAUCUAAACAUCCAGGCAAAAAAAAAAACAGUAAUAUACAUCAUAUUUUUUUUCUUUGUUUCUGUCCAUGCUGAUGUUCCAGUAUUAUUGGCCCAAAUCUCGACUGUGGAAUAUCUGGUUAUAUGGUUGACUUUUUAUAUAAAUGAGUAUGGUGUACAUUUCUACUCAUCACCAGUGACUGUGUUGUUGAAAAUAAUGUUUACUAUUCUUCUGAAUUUCCUAUGUUUACUUGCUUUGCUACUAAUAGUACUAAACUGUGUCUUGAGCUUCUAAAUAAUGUUUUGCGCCAAAUUGUAACCUAAUCUUGGCAAAUUUUACUUUGUCAAACAGAAACUUCUUAUGGUUUAAUCCUGGAUUUGAAGCCUAAUAAUUAACAUGAUCAUUGUAAAUCACAAAUCCACUUUGUAUAGGAACAUGAUUGAGACCAACUGAAGUUUUUAAACUUUUAAACUACUUUUAAAAGUGGAUCUUCAGUGUUUUCAUGCUCUGUGUACUGUAUCUGCAGUAUAUGUGUAAUCACCACUAACAAGAAUUUGGACACAUUUCCCUGUACUUUGGUUGUUAUUACAACCAAAAACUACAUACAAUUCUUGGAUAAUUUUUUUUUUAAAGAAAUUUGAAACAUGUCAAAAAGAGUCAAUGGAAUGUCUAAAUUAUUAAUAAACUAACUCAGCAGGUUAAGGAUCUGGGUUACUGAUUAGAAGGUCAGUGGAUCAAGCCCCAGCUCCAUCAAGCUGCCACUGUUGGGUGCUCUCACCCCAUAUACAGUAGACUUCAAAAUUAUUAAGACAACAAAUGCCCUAUAUUAUUGUACUUCAUGUGCAUAAAACAGGUGAUUUCACUAAUUAGCUCUAGCCUGUCUGAGUUGUAUUACUUAGAAUCAGCUGGUUUUAAUUCAUGGAUGGAACAAAAUAUGUGGCAGGACUUUUACUUUCUGAAACUAAGGGGCGCAAAAAUGGCUUAAACUAGGGAAUUCAUGAGUGAAUUGCAAACUUCUGCUGCAAAUUUCUGUACAUGAUCUUCAGGAUGCAAUCAAGCAGGCAUGGAUCGAGCAAGUGAUACCAGAGAACUGGAGACGUCUUUUUGACUCUAUGCCCAGCUGGAUCCUGCAGGUUUUUUAAGGAUAAAGGACUUCAUAAUAAAUACUGCUUGCUGUAUACCAAUUUCACUGCAAAAAAUAUUCUCAUUAUUUUGAUUAACAUUAUUUUCUUUAAAAAAGUGGAAAUUUCAUUAAAAUAUCGUAUUUCACUUUUGCCGCAAUACCUUUGGCCACCACUUUAAAUGCAUUAAUCAGUAAGGGUUAGGUCACCAUGUUUUUUAUGUGCUAAGUAACACCCAAAUUAUUGUUUGUGGUAAUCACAUAUACAUGACAAAUUUAGUGGAAUUGGUUCAGUGGAAAGAGAUUAGGUUGAUAAAUGCUGGUACUAUUUUAUAAGUGUCUUUGAUAUCUGUGUAACUAUAUGUAACUACGCAGGCAGCUAUAUAAACUGAUAAGAAUCUCUGCACUGUAACAGUUUAGAUUUAAGUACUGUACAUAAAUGCACAUAACUUCAGUUUUGGUCCGAAUAGAAUAUUCUUUCUAUCACUGAAAGUUUAACAGGAGUGAUGUAUGAGUUGCUAGUUUUACUACAUAUAUUUAAUGACUAUCCAGGAACUGUUUGAUUGAAAAUGUGACUGUAUCUAAGCAUAAAGCUACAGUAUGUUGUUACUGCAGAUUACAGAUUGGUAUCAAUCCCUUUGAUUUGCUGGAUUGGCAUGUGACAAGACAAAUAUAUAAUAUAAAUGAUAUCAAUGUCAAACAUUAACUGUUGUGAAAAUGCAUAUUUGCAUACAAUUUUCUUUUCUGCAGUUCAUCAGUAAUGGUGCAUACUUUCACAGUAAUUACAUAAUAGUUGCCUGUAUUAUUAUUAGACACAGUUACUAUAGGCACUUAAUAUAACAAGGGAGCAAAUAUGCUGGAGUAUUUCAUUGUAUAAAACACUUUGUAUUUUUUAUUUUGUAUUUAAUUUUUUUUUUUUUAUGAAGGUCAAAUUCCUUUAUGUUAGUAAGUUUCCGAUCAUAAACUAAGCCUGGUCUUUGACUAAAUUUUAGACAUAGAUUAGGAUUACUCUAUAUCUGAAACACUAGGUGUUCUGUACAUGGGUGGAAAAUGUUUAUAAUAAAAUAUACAAAAACCCUGGUAUGUAAAUAAU